AUGUCGACUGAAGCCAAAGCCCUUGAAAUAUUCAACCAGUUUGCAACUGUGGGUAAGGACCAAGAAAGGAUCCUCACCUUACCCGACUUUAUAGACAUCCUUUCCCCCUUCCAAAUCGAUCUCCCCAAGAAUGCUUUUUCAUUAUUAUAUUUAAUAGCCGACACGGAAAAAAAGGGAUUUGUUUCUGAAACCAAUUGGAUCAAUUUCAUUGAUACCUUGACAUCUCCAGAUGGAGAAUACAAGUUGCUUUACAAAUUCCUUUCCAACAACAAGAAUGGUCUUGAACACAAAAUCACCUACAAUGAAUGUGUCGAUGUCUUAAACAAGAUCAAUACUUCAAUCGACCCAAACUACCAACAAAAAUUGAUCAAGUUGAAUUGGAUUUAUUUCCCUAAAUUCUUUGAACCAACUGGCUCCAUCGAAUUUAACGAUUUUGUCACAUUGAUCAGCUACUUGCCAGUCACCAAGUUGAUUGGAAACUUUGAAGUUGCUGCUAACAGCAAGAAACAAAUCACUGGUGAACAGUUGGUCAAUUUGUUAACAACAAACUUGAACCACAAGCUUUCCCAGAAAUUAAAGAGUAAUCUCCAUAAUGUUACUGGAUUUUUUGGUGACAAGAAGGAAUACUCUUUUUCAAACUUGUUGUUCAUUUACGAUACCUUGAGUAAAGUUGACUUGAUUAACGAAGUGAUUGUUAAUACACCACCAACCACAAAGGACAAAGAUGAUAUUUUGAUCAAUAAGAGAGACUUGUACAACCACUUGAAUGAUCCCUUGUUGAAGUCUGCCAACUUCAAGCCAAUUUCUGUAUUGGAAUUGGACUUGUUGUUUUAUUUGAUCAAUCUGAAAAACGGCGAUAACAUUCCCCGCAAACAAUUGAUUUCAUUCUUGAAUCCAAACUUGAGCAAUAAUAUCAACUCCUUGAAACCCAUCUUUGAACACCCACAAAGUACACACUCUACAAAGGAGUCGAGCGAUAACUUUUCAUUGUGGCCCAUUUACGACUCUUUAUACUCGUUUUUCCUCGGUUCCAUUGCUGGAUGUAUAGGUGCAACUGCUGUUUACCCAAUCGAUUUAGUCAAGACGAGAAUGCAAGCACAAAAACACAAGGCCCUUUACGACAACUCACUUGAUUGCUUCAAAAAAAUCCUUAGAAAUGAAGGUUUUAAAGGUUUAUACUCGGGUUUGGGUGCGCAAUUAAUUGGUGUUGCUCCUGAAAAGGCUAUCAAGUUGACGGUAAAUGAUUUAGUGCGUGGUAUAGGUACCGAUGAAGAUGGGAAAAUUACCAUGAAUUGGGAAAUUCUUGCUGGCUCCUCAGCCGGUGCUUGUCAGGUUAUUUUCACCAACCCCUUGGAAAUUGUCAAGAUUAGAUUGCAAAUGCAAGGAAAUACUAAAAGCUUGAGCAAACCUGGCGAGAUUCCUGUCAAACACUUGACUGCAUCACAAAUUGUGAGACAAUUGGGUAUCAAGGGUCUUUACAAGGGUGCAAGCGCGUGUCUUUUGAGGGAUGUUCCCUUUUCAGCCAUUUAUUUCCCCACUUAUGCCAAUUUGAAAAAAUACUUGUUUGGUUUUGAUCCAAAUGACUCUACAAAGAAACACAAGUUAUCCACUUGGCAAUUGUUGGUUGCCGGUGCCUUGGCCGGUGCCCCAGCCGCCUUCUUUACUACCCCUGCAGAUGUGAUCAAGACUAGAUUGCAAGUUGCCGGAAAGAAGAAUGAUAUCAAGUAUAAAGGUAUUGUAGAUUGUGGUCUCAAUAUCUUGAAGACGGAAGGUCCUACUGCAUUCUUCAAGGGUUCAUUGGCCAGGGUGUUUAGAUCAUCACCCCAAUUUGGUUUCACUUUGGCCUCAUAUGAACUUUUACAAAGUUUAUUCCCAUUACACCCUCCAAACACACGUGAGUCGAAUUUCAAGGCCAUCAGUGGGUACCCAGGUGUUUACAACUUGACCAACGACCAAGUUUACAACUCCCAGGACCGAGGUGACAGAGUUGUGUAUUUGCAAAAAUCAGAGAUUACCUCGUCUUCAGCAUCAGCUGGUGCCCUGGAUGAGCUAGUGAAAUUGCCAGCUGAGUACACGUACAAGUCCCAGGAUGCCAUUAAGUUGUUGUUGGAUAUCGACUACAAAUUCGGUCAUUUCGACUACAACUCAUACUUGAAUUUCAUCCAGAAAAAGUGA